AUCAAGACGAUUCCCACCACUCUGUGAGGGACUGGAGCACCCAGAGACUAACUGCUGCUGUUGAGGAAAUAUUCACCCUGUUUCAACAAACUGUGCUUCAGUACGAGGAGGAGAUCGGUCAUCAACGCAAAAUGCUGCAAAUCAACUGGAAUCCUCAGAUCAAGUUACACAGAACAGAGCUCCAACAGGAUCAUGACUGCAGAGAGGAGCAGCUCUUUAAACAGGAAGCACACUGCUGUCUAGAACAGGACGACCCAGAACCUCCACACAUCGGAGAAAAAGAAGAAGAACCACAACCUCCACAGAUCAAAGAAGAAGAAGAACCUUCACAGAUCAGAGAAGAAGAACCAGAAAUUCAUCAGGAGCAGGAGGAAACAAAAUCCUCACAGAUCGAGGAACACGAGGAACUCAGCACCAGCCAGAAGGGAGAACAAUGUAUUCUGAAGUUUGAAAGUGAAACCUUGAAGGUUCCUUCUGUUGAGGAUCACAGUGACCUGAGUGAACCAGGCGUUCCAGAGACUGAGUGGUUCCUCUCUCAGGACUCUGAAGUCCACCAUGAGAAAAGACACAUGGACUCAGAAUCAGCUCCAAAUGUAAAGCUGAAAAAGCUCAAGGUGUUUCGUAGAAACAAUAUGAACAUCAUUCAUGUUUCAGAGAAGCAGGCUCAAUGUGAAAAGCUUCUUUGUGAAGAAACGUGAGAAAACUGACCAUAAAGAAUAUCAGUUAAAGGUCACUGAUGAGAAGAUACUUAAUGCAACAUGUGGCAAAAAUUUUAGGCAACCGGUCCGCAAGAGAACUCACACAGGCGAGAGUCCUCAUUCUUGUGGAACAUGUGGCAAAAGUUUCAGUUUUCAAAGUUCUUUGUUGCGACAUGUGACAGUUCACACAGGGGAGAAACCUCAUUCUUGUGGACUAUGUGGCAAAAGUUUCAGUCGACAUAGUCAUUUGAAGCUCCACAUGACAAUUCACACAGGUGAGAAGUCUCAUUCUUGUGAAAUGUGGGAAAAGUUUCAGUCAACAGCGUGAUAUGAAGGUUCACAUGAGAUGUCAUGCAGGGGAGAAGCCGUAUUCUUGUGAAACAUGUGGCAAAAGUUUCAGUCAACAGGCCGAUAUGAAUGUCCACAUGAGAAUUCACACCGGUGAGAAGCCUCAUUCUUGUGAAACAUGUGGCAAAAGUUUCAGUCGACGGAAUAAUUUGUUGGUCCACAAGAGAACUCACACAGGUGAGAAGCCGUAUUCUUGUGGAACAUGUGGCAACAGUUUCAGGCAACAGAGUAUUUUGUGGCGCCACAUAUCAAUUCACACAGAUGCGAAGCCUCAUUCUUGUGAAACGUGGCAACAGUUUCAGUCGACAGAAUGAUUUGAAAGUCCACAUGACAAUUCACACAGGUGCGAAGCUGUAUUCUUGUGAAACAUGGCAAAAGCUUCAGUCAACGGUUUGAUUUGAAGGUCCACAUGAGAAGUCACACAGGUGAGAAGCCUCAUUCUUUAGAAACGUGACCAAAAAUUCCGUCGACACAGUAGUUUGUUACGCCACGUAAAGAUUCACACAGGCGAGAAGCCUCAUUCUUGUGAAAUGUGGGAAAAGAUGGAUUUAUUGUCUUUCAUUGCUGCACCAGCGGAAUACUCACAAAUGGAUGAAAUCAUGAAAGACUAGAGAUAUUUUUCAGGAAGUCCAGAUUUAAGCCAAAAUCACCAGAAAUCAUCAAGUUUGAAGGAAACAUUACUGAUUCAGACACUGUUUAGACUGUGCUUCAGGAACAGUUCAGUUUGUGGUCUGUCACAA